AUUAAACAAAUGAGCCCAAAAAAGAGAUUCAAACCUUUUCUGCCCCUCCAAGUAAUAAUCAAUCAAUCUAAGUUUGCUUAGAGCACAGAAAUUUCCCCUUUUUCUUUUUUCCAUUUUCUUGUUUUUAAUUAUAUUUUUGUGAACCAUAAAAGAAAACCCAAAACUUGGCCAUUCCCACUGCCACCAGAAACAGAGACUAGUCUCUUGAUAUUUUUUUUCCCUCUCUCCAAUCAAAACAAAACCCCAAAAAAACCCGAACUCAGACCCAUACCUUACCUUACCAUAAACUGAAUUAAAAAGAGCAAAGUCUGCAACUUUUUCUCUUCUCUUGGGCAUUGUUAGGGUUAUCCAAUCCUACUUAUUAUGGAGGGAAAAGCUCUCCUUCGCUCUCUUUCUUGUUCCUCUCUUGCUUACAGCAGAUUCAUUUUGCCUCGCAGAUUCUCUCGCUCUUUCUCUUCUUCACAUCACCUCCACCGUCCAAUAACCGCUCUCUCCACCAGACGCUCCCUCCUCCACCGUCGUAAUUGGCGGUUAUUCCCUGUUGCUGCCACUUCAUCCUCCUCUUCUUCCCGCUUCAAUAAACACUUCUCCUCUCUUUCCCCUGCUGCUGUAGCCACACACCCAGCUCCCUCUUCUCCAGAUGUUGCUGGUGGUGUGCCAAGUGAGGUUGCUGAGAAGCUUGGAUUUCAGAAAGUGUCUGAAGAGUUUAUUGAGGAGUGUAAAUCUAAAGCUGAACUCUUUAGGCAUAAAAAAACUGGUGCUGAAAUUAUGUCUGUUUCUAAUGAUGAUGAGAAUAAAGUCUUUGGCAUUGUUUUCCGUACUCCUCCCAAGGAUUCAACUGGCAUUCCACACAUAUUGGAACACAGUGUCUUAUGUGGGUCAAGGAAGUACCCUUUGAAGGAACCGUUUGUUGAGUUAUUGAAAGGAAGCUUGCAUACUUUUCUGAAUGCCUUCACCUAUCCUGAUAGGACUUGCUACCCGGUCGCCUCCACAAAUACCAAGGAUUUCUACAAUUUGGUUGAUGUAUACCUCGAUGCUGUUUUCUUCCCUAAAUGUGUCGAGGACUACCAAACUUUUCAACAGGAGGGUUGGCAUUUCGAGCUCAAUGAUCCUUCAGAAGAAAUAUCUUACAAAGGUGUUGUUUUCAAUGAGAUGAAGGGUGUCUAUUCCCAACCUGAUAAUAUAUUAGGACGGACUGCUCAACAGGCAGUAUUUCCAGACAAUACCUAUGGGGUUGAUAGUGGAGGUGAUCCAAAAGUCAUCCCUCAAUUGACAUUUGAGCAAUUUCAGGAAUUUCACCGCAAAUAUUACCACCCCAGCAAUGCCAGGAUAUGGUUUUACGGAGAUGAUGAUCCAGUUGAGCGCUUACGCAUCCUAAGUGAGUAUCUAGAUAUGUUUGAUGCAAGUUCAGCUCCAAAUGAGUCAAAGGUCAAGCCGCAGCAACUUUUCUCAAAGCCAGUCAGGAUUGUUGAGAAAUAUCCAGCUGGUGAAGGAGGUGAUCUUAAAAAGAAACAUAUGGUAUGCCUGAACUGGCUGCUUUCUGAUAAACCUCUGGAUUUAGAAACUGAGCUUGCGCUUGGGUUUAUGGAUCAUCUUAUGUUGGGAACUCCUGCUUCUCCCUUGAGAAAAAUUUUACUGGAAAGUGGUCUAGGAGAUGCAAUUGUUGGUGGUGGGAUUGAAGAUGAGCUUCUUCAGCCUCAAUUUAGCAUUGGAUUGAAGAAUGUUGCUGAGGAGGAUAUUGAAAAGGUGGAAGAAUUAAUCAUGAGUACACUAAGGAAAUUAGCAGAGGAAGGAUUUGAGACAGAUGCUGUGGAGGCAUCCAUGAAUACAAUUGAGUUUUCUCUCAGGGAAAAUAACACAGGCUCAUUUCCUCGUGGUUUAUCACUGAUGCUUCGGUCCAUGGGUAAAUGGAUAUAUGAUAGGGAUCCGUUUGAGCCUUUAAAGUAUGAGAAGCCUUUGUUGGACCUAAAAGCUCGAAUCGCUAAGGAAGGUUCUAAAGCCGUUUUUUCUCCUUUAAUUGAGAAAUUCAUUUUGAAGAAUCCUCAUUGUGUAACUGUGGAAAUGCGGCCUGAUCCAGAGAAAGCUUCUCGUGAUGAGGCUGCUGAGAGAGAAAUCUUGGAGAAAGUGAAAGGCAAUAUGACAGAAGAGGAUCUUGCUGAACUUGCGCGCGCAACACAGGAACUAAGAUUGAAGCAGGAAACUCCUGACCCACCAGAAACUUUGAAGACUGUGCCAAGCCUCUCUCUUAAUGACAUUCCCAAAGAACCCAUACGCGUCCCCACAGAGGUUGGGGAUAUCAAUGGAGUGAAAGUCUUGAGGCAUGACCUUUUCACAAAUGAUGUCCUUUAUGCAGAAGUUGUCUUUAACAUGAGACCACUAAAGCAGGAACUUCUUCCAUUGGUGCCACUUUUCUGUCAGUCACUGCUUGAGAUGGGUACAAAAGAUUUGACCUUUGUACAACUUAAUCAGUUGAUUGGGAGGAGAACUGGAGGAAUAUCAGUUUAUCCAUUCACAUCAUCUGUUCGGGGCCUGGCGGAACCAUGUAGCCAUAUAAUUGUUCGUGGAAAAGCCAUGGCAGGUCGUGCUGAAGACUUAUUUGACCUGGUUAAUCGUGUUCUUCAAGAAGUGCAGUUCACAGACCAGCAACGUUUUAAGCAGUUUGUUUCCCAAAGUAAAGCAAGAAUGGAGAACCGACUAAGAGGCAGUGGUCAUGGAAUUGCAGCUGCAAGGAUGGAUGCAAAGUUAAAUGUUGCAGGAUGGAUCUCUGAACAAAUGGGUGGCGUCAGUUACUUGGAAUUUUUACAAGGACUGGAGGAGAAAGUUGAUCAAGAUUGGCCUUUAGUUUCUUCUUCUCUUGAGGAAAUUCGUUCAUCAUUGUUAUCAAGGAAUAGCUGCUUGAUAAACUUGACUGCUGAUGGGAAAAAUCUAACGAACUCUGAAAAGCUUGUUGGCAAAUUUCUUGAUUUGCUGCCUAGCAACUCUUUUGCUGACAAUGCUGCUUGGAACGCUCGACUUUCACCUGGAAAUGAAGCUAUUGUGAUACCUACACAGGUUAACUAUGUUGGCAAAGCUGCUAAUCUAUAUGACACUGGUUAUCAGCUUAAUGGGAGUGCUUAUGUCAUUUCAAAAUACAUUAGUAACACAUGGUUGUGGGAUCGAGUGCGUGUCAGUGGUGGGGCAUAUGGAGGGUUUUGUGACUUUGAUACUCACUCAGGAGUCUUCUCCUUCUUAUCCUAUCGAGACCCCAACUUGUUGAAGACACUUGAUGUAUAUGACGGAACUGGUGAUUUUCUACGUGACAUAGAAAUGGAUGAUGACACUCUUACUAAAGCAAUUAUUGGAACCAUAGGAGAUGUGGAUGCAUACCAGCUGCCUGAUGCCAAAGGUUAUAGUAGUUUGUUAAGGUAUUUAUUGGGUGUCACGGAAGAUGAAAGACAGAGGAGAAGGGAAGAGAUAUUAUCAACCAGUUUGAAGGACUUCAAGGAAUUUGCUGAUGCAAUUGAUGCGGUCAAGAGUAAAGGGGUUGUGGUCGCAGUAGCAUCUCCGGAGGAUGUUGACGUUGCAAACAAGGAGUUCCCUAAUUACUUUCAAGUGAAGAAAGCCCUUUAGAAUUUCACCAAUCCCCAGCUAUUGCAGUUUUCCCCAUGCAAUUGUUUUAGCAACUGUACUUUCUCUAUACCAUAUAAAAUGCUCAAGUUUACGAGCCAAUUUUUCAUAGCGCUCAACAUAUUGAUAGAGAGAAGGAAAUUUUUUCUUAUUUGGAACUGAGAACCUUAUUCAAGGGGCUUAAAGGUUUACAUGUAUCUUUACACUGCAAUUUAUCAAAUAUUUGAAAUGUGGGCUUAUGAUGAUAA